UGAAGAUCUCGGGGACAUUGCGAGCAUCUGUGUUGUUACUGAAAAUCAGCCAGUUAAAUACAUGGCAGCCAAUUCACACCUUGGAAUACUUACUACUUAAAUUCCCAUUUUAAAUAGUUAAUGCUCAGAGAUGAUGUUACAGGUGAUCCUUCUUUUUAUUCAUCUUAUUUAGUACUGAUUUUUUUCCUACACACGUAUGUGUGUGUGUCUUUAUAUAUACAGACACACAUACGCACACAAGCCAUCCUCCAAAAUGUUAGCAGAACUUUAUGGGAAAGGGAAUUAUAACUGAUCUCUAACUUAAAGACAAACACAACAUUUUUUUUAAAGACUAUUUUGUCAUAUGACCUCAUGCCAUCUCACUGAGUCACUUUGCGUUUUCCUGCCUCACCUUGUUUGUUUUACUAGUUUAGUUUUAAUGGCUACUUUUGGCUACUUUUUCUUCCAUCAGUGUUUUUAAUUAGAUCAAAACCCAAAAAAGCUCUGGAUUAUACUCAUAUGCAAGUACCCCAGUAGAGCUCCAAACCAUUGUGGAAUUGCCUCCCCCUGGGUUUGAAUCAAGUGGAUGGAGCAUGCACCCAUUUGGUCCUAUUCCUGUGAACCACCACCAUAAACUGAUCUUCCACAAAUGCCCAUCCAUUCCAGUACUCCCGGUUACACUGUAAGAAAGUACUUUCUAUCCAAUUCCAAUUUUUAAAAGUUAGCAAGAAGAGGGUAAAAAUUACCUUUGGGCUCUUCUCUAUUCCUUUCUGAACGCUAGGACUAGAUUCCGGAUCAGUUAAGCUUACUGCCCACCUUCCCAGGUUAAUGCUUACUGUGUCAAAGAAAGAAUAUGUUGGCUUAAACAGCAACCAGAGAGUAUCAGCAGUCGGUCAAACACCCGAACAAAAAAGGUUCUAGCUAAGACUGGAAUGGAAGACGUUAUGUCCCCAAAGCCAUGCUGGCCACAGCCAUUUGAGAUGGGGCGUCAGCUAUCCCAAGCUGCAAUCUUUGGAGGACAAAUCGACCCCUGCAGGGCAGUCCCGACAUUGUUCUGCUAUUCUUGCGCAGGAGCGACAAUGCUGAACCCUGCAAACGCUUUACAUCAAGUUACUUACACCUAGAAAGGCGCUACAGUGCAGCGCUACAUGAACCUUCCAAGCUAAUGAACUACCCCCGUCCCUCCAAAGGUGAGCCAACCCGGCGUGUCCGGGAGCAAUUCAGAGUACAGCGAGCGUGCCCUCUCCCAGAGUAGGAAGCUCGCUGGCGCCCGGGCUGCACACUCUGAAUGAACCCGAGUGGGAGGGAUGCAGAGACAGGAGAAACGUACCGCGGGGGCCAGGGCACACACGCCGAGGUCCCGCAUGGGCCUCACACUUGGGAUCUGAGACGCUGGGGCAGGAGUCACCCCACGCCCCCAAGCGAUGAGGCCCGGGAGCCGGCGCCCCUGCCGGAAGAGCGGGGCCAAGCCCCGGAACCUCGCGCCCCGGGCAGCCGGGCCCCGCACGCAAACCCGGGAGCAGCGGCAGCCCCCGAGCGCACCCGGCCGCGUCGGCGCUCUCAGGGACCGCAGUCCGACCGCAGUCCCAGUCCCGGCCGAGGCCGACCGGAGGGGCAGCACCGCCCGCGGCGGGGCAAGGAGUCCCGGGCCGGCAGGUCGCGGACACCGUGGCGAAAGAGAGUCGGGCGGGCGGAGGAGCAAGCCGGAGCAGACGCGGAGCGGCCAUCGCGGCCGCGGCCCGGUGGUCAGGCACUUACCCGGCGCCGGUGGCUCCGCAAGUCCUCCUACCCACGCUCAGCUGCGACCAGAGCCGGCCAGCACCGAAGCGGGAGAACACGCUGCAGCGCAGCGAGGGCAGCACAGCCGCUUGCGUCCGGCCCCGCCCCCCCCCCGCCCUCGCGGCCCCGCCCCCCGCCGCGGCUCCCAUUGGCCGCUCCGGCCGCGGCCACGCCCAUGGCAGCGGGCGACUGGCUGGCCGCGGAGGCACCUAGAUAUUGAGUAGCCGGCUCCCCACCGACAAGGGUGGUAGCUGUCGGGGACUCGAUGACACCUCCCACGGCCUUGGGUCUCGACUCCGCAGUGAAAGAGAAACUUUAGGGAACGCACCGAGAGCCACGGAACAGGAGGCUUCUCAGGGUGCUGAUUCUGUGUCCGCGUGAACCUCCGAAGUCAGAGGAAGUAAACAAACCUGCACUUCUUUUUUUUUAAUCCCAGUUUUUUAGUUUGAAAAAUUUCAAAACCGACUCAAGAGUUGAAAGAAUAGUGCUAUGGACAGUGUGCACUUCUCUCAAUACUACCAUUUCACAUUUGCGUUCUCUUCACUAGAUAGAUCCCCCCCCCUUUGUAAAGCUGCACACAACGCUGCUUCACCCCUAAAUACCUCACCACUAUCACGUGCAAUAAAUUUAAUGCAACUUCUGUUAUAUCGUUUAACAUAGUGUGUUUUUUUAAUUCCCUUUGUUGUCUCAAAACGUCAUAGACAAGCACACGUGCACACACACGUCUUUGAAAAAUUCAGGUUCUACCCAAGAUUCACCUGUUUUGCUUAAUAACGUGUCUUUAUAAACUCCUGUAGUCUACUACCCAAGUUCUAGCACUCCCACUUUUUAAAAAUCUUUCAUCACUUGGACGUAUUUGAAAAGUCCAGGCCAAUUGUCUUGGACACUGUAUCAAUUUAGAUUUAUCAAAUUGUUUCCUCAUGAUUAGAUGCACUUUAUUUUUUAUUUAAUUUUUUGAGAGAGAGAGAGUAUGAGCGGGGAAGGGCAGAGAGAGAGGGAGACAGCAUCUGAAGCAGGCUCCAGGCUCCAAGCUGUGAGUACAGAGCCCUACGUGGGGGGUUGAUCUCCUGAACUGGGAGAUCAUGACCUGAGUCGAAGUCAGACGCUCAGUCUCAACUGACUGAGCCACCCAGGCGCCCCUCUCAUGAUUAGAUUCAGGUUAAACAUUUUAGUAAGAAAAGUAGGAGGCGAUGUGUAUUUCCACAAGAAGGCACAGUGUUCUUUAGUCCCAUUAUCCGUGAUGCCAAGAUGGAUCACUUAGUCCAGACACGGGCUGGCAGAUCUCUCCACAAAAAUACUGUCAAAGGUUCAGAAAUGAUAGUACUAAAACCAAUGAAUCAUCAAACUAGUAAUCAGUAAAAGUUUAUUGUGCACACAUCAGGAAGACAGUUUGCAAACAGGAAGCACUCAAACCAAACACGGAAUGAGGCUCGGGAGUAUGUUGUCAUAAAGCAGCUAAUACAGCAAGGGAGCAGUGGCUGCUUUUCACAGUGAUUGGUUAUGAAAUGAGAAUGCUCCUAAAUGACAGGGAAUUGAUCAGUGGUUACCUCCUAUCAACCUUAAGAGUUCAAGUCUUGCUUAUGAUUGCCAGAGGCAUGAGCAAGAAAUGACCCAGAGCGAGUUAGUCUUGCAAAUUGAGUGUUGUAUGAUUAAACUGGUUUUGUCUGCUCAGAGAAUUUUCCAGGCUGGUCUCCGUUUGUUUUUUAUUUUGACAACCCCUCUCUCCCACCGCAACAGAGGUUAUCUGCAGUAAUAGGCUGAACCCAGCUAAUAUUUUUGUCCAGGGGGUGUAGCGCGCACUCAUGAACACUUACCAGAUGGUGAUUUUUCUAAUGCUAUCUAUCAAUCUUUCUACCUGUCUAAAGAAGAGUACCCCUUUUUUUCUCCUUUUCUCUUUUUCCCCCUGCUUCUCAACCCAGUCACAGCUCCUUUCCCCUCCUGUUCGAGUAACAGUGUGGACUCCUGCAUUUUUUUUAAUUCAAUUUAGUUCAAUUACUAUGAUCAAAUACCCCACUAUUAUUUUUGGUGCUCAAAUUGCCCAUAUUUGGCCAGUGGAAAGCCCCACACCUGGCUCCUUUAUUCUUAUAUAUAUCCUAUCAAUCUUUGAGCACUUCCUUGUUUUCUAACACAAGACCUACUAACUUUUCAUUGACUGUUCUGUGCCCUAGACAGGAAAACCCUAGUUCCUUUUAAUAGGAAAUGGCACUUAGAAAAUUAAAUCUGAGUACUUGCUGUGCUCACUGCUUACUGGGAUGUUAUUCUUCUCCUUAAAUGAAAACCUAAUU